AUGGCAUCUAGCAACAACAAGAACAAUAAUGUCUUCUUUUCUUCCUGCUUCAGGUAUAGUGCUUUUGGGAUUAGUCUCAGUUUUACUGCAUCUGUAAUCAAGAGACCCAUGGCAUCUGAGGUGCCUUAUGCAUCUGGCAUGCCCAUUAAGAAAAUAGGCCACCGAGGUGUUGAUUCCUCAGGAGAGACAACAUAUAAAAAGACAACCUCAUCAGCCUUGAAAGGUGCCAUCCAGUUAGGCAUUACUCACACCGUGGGGAGCCUGAGUACCAAACCAGAGCGGGAUGUCCUCAUGCAAGAUUUCUAUGUGGUGGAGAGUAUCUUCUUCCCCAGUGAAGGGAGCAACCUGACCCCUGCUCAUCACUAUAGUGACUUUCGUUUCAAGACAUACGCACCUGUUGCCUUCCGCUACUUUCGGGAGUUAUUUGGCAUCCGGCCUGAUGAUUACUUGUAUUCCCUUUGCAGUGAGCCACUGAUUGAACUCUGCAGCUCUGGGGCUAGUGGAUCCCUUUUCUAUGUGUCCAGUGAUGACGAAUUCAUCAUUAAGACGGUCCAGCAUAAAGAAGCGGAGUUUCUGCAGAAACUGCUUCCAGGAUACUACAUGAACCUCAACCAAAACCCUCGCACUUUGCUACCUAAAUUCUAUGGACUGUACUGUGUACAGGCAGGUGGCAAGAACAUUAGAAUUGUGGUGAUGAACAAUCUUUUACCACGAUCAGUCAAGAUGCAUGUCAAAUAUGAUCUUAAGGGAUCAACCUAUAAACGACGGGCUUCCCAAAAAGAGCGAGAGAAGCCUCUCCCCACCCUUAAAGACCUGGACUUCUUGCAAGACAUCCCUGAUGGUCUUUUUUUGGAUGCUGACAUGUACAACGCUCUGUGUAAGACCCUGCAGCGUGACUGUUUGGUGCUACAGAGCUUUAAGAUAAUGGACUAUAGCCUUUUGGUGUCAGUCCACAACUUAGAUCAUGCACAAAGAGAACCCUUAGGAAAUGAAGCACAGUACUCAGUGGACACUCGCAGACCAGCCCCUCAAAAGGCUCUGUAUUCCACAGCUAUGGAAUCCAUCCAGGGCGAGGCUCGACGGGGUGGCACAGUGGAAACAGAUGAUCAUAUGGGUGGCAUCCCUGCCCGGAAUAGUAAAGGGGAAAGGUUGCUGCUUUAUAUUGGCAUCAUUGACAUUCUGCAGUCUUACAGGUUUAUUAAGAAGUUGGAGCACUCUUGGAAAGCUCUGGUACAUGAUGGGGACACGGUAUCAGUGCAUCGCCCAGGCUUCUAUGCCGAACGGUUCCAGCGCUUCAUGUGCAGCACAGUGUUUAAGAAGAUCCCCUUGAAGCCUUCUCCUUCCAAAAAGUUUCGGUCUGGCGCAUCUUUCUCUCGGCGAGCGGGCCCCAGCGGCAACUCCUACUGCCAGCCAACAGUGUCUGGGGAACACAAGGCACAAGUGACAACAAAGGCGGAAGUGGAGCCAGGUGUCCACCUCGGUCGCCCUGAUGUUUUACCCCAGACUCCACCUCUGGAGGAAAUCAACGAAGACUCACUUAUUUCUGACCCCAUCUUCACACCUGUAGUUGGAGAGGGUUUGCAAACGAUAACUCCAAGUUUAUCCCACCUGGAAAAGCUUGAAAUUACAGAAACAGAGUUUUCCCAUGGAGAAAGGGGCCUGGCAUCUCAGGCAGAUCCUGAAUUCCUGUACUGUCCCCUCUCCAUCCCACCCUACCUUGAUAGUAGGUUAGUCCAUACUCCCAAGUAA